CAGUUUUUGCAGUGACUUUUCACAGCGAUUUGGUGUGAAUUGGAAUCUGGUGGUAAUUUCUUUAAUAGGCUGUUAUGUAUUCGAAGUGAAAGUGGGAGUGAAAGGGGUAUUCGAAUUAAGUGAUAAUUCAUUUCGUAUUUACUUUUGUGAACAAGACACUGCUAGUGAUUUCAAAAGAACGUGAAUUAAAUGAUACCAGGAUUGCAGCAAGAAUGAAUUUGUAUCAUGCGUUGUAAUAAUAAUUGUAUAUUAGGUUAUGUGCAAUGUUGCAAUUGGCUUCCAAAGCAGCGUAAGCGGAUUUCUUUUUCCCACCCUACUGGCAACCUCCCAGCCAUCGACUACACGCAUUGGGGCGGGCUCACCUGGCGCGGGCGAAGUUGCUGAAGACGACACCGCCGGUGUGCGCGUUCACCAGUACGUACUGCGGCUGCGCGUGCACCGGGUCGGCGUGUGGGAGGGCGGCGGGCGCCAGCGCGGCGGGGGGCGCCGGGUGGUGGUGAUGGUGGUGGGACGCGGGAGGCGCCACGGGCACCAACAGCAGCCCGCUCUGCGCCCCCGACGGCGAGCCCAGCACGUAGGCGGUGGCCGCGCCGCCGCGCCCGGCGCCGUUGGCCGCGAGCGGGAUAGCCGCGGGGUCGCGCUCGGCGCCGGGCACCAGCACCGGGUGGAGGGCAGCGGGAAGACCGGGUGA